AAAUCCGAAGGAUCUGCGUGGCGAAUCUCUUGAACCCCAAGAGUGUCCAAUCGUCCCAUCCGAUACGCGAGGACGAGGUAUCAAAGAUGGUGGAGAGGAUCUCUGAUGCAGCCUCCGCUUCUCGGACAGUCGACCUGAGCAAGACGCUGCUGUCACUCACUGCUUCGAUAAUCUGCAAAAUUGCCUUCGGGAGGAAUCACCUCGUCGAGCCCGAGCGGAGGAUCGACGUUCUUAGGACGUCGGGGGAAGCUCGGGCUGUGCUUGGGAGCUUCUGUUUCGAGGACCAUUUUGGCUGGGUCGGUUCAAUCGUUGAUAAGGUCACCGGGUUGUCGUCCAAGUUGCAGGGAGUUUUUGUGGAGUUGGAUUCGUUCUAUGGGGUGCUGAUUCAAGACCACCUCGACAAGGAGAAGGAGGAGGAGGAUCCAGAAGACUUCAUUGACGUCUUGCUUCGAAUGAGCGAGGAUCGGUCGGGUUCGGUGCAUGUCAGUAGAGAUCACGUCAAAGCGGUGCUUAUGAACAUAUUCAUUGGAGCGACCGACACGAGCGCCGCCACGCUGGUGUGGGCAAUGACGGCGCUGAAGAAGAACCUGGGAGUCAUGAGCAAGGCUCAGCGUGAAGUAAGAUCCUCGGUCGGAAACAAAGGUUUCGUGGAUGAAGACGACCUCCUCGGCCUGCCGUAUCUCAAAGCCGUGGUCAAGGAGACGCUGAGACUCUACCCACCAGCUCCACUGCUGGUCCCCAGAGAAACGACCCAAAGGUGCAUCCUAAGCGGGUACGAGAUAAGACCCACCAAGACCCCAGUUUACAUCAACGCGCAGGCCAUCGGGAGAGACGGCGAGUGCUGGGAAAGCGCAGAGGAGUUUUGGCCCGAGAGGUUCUUGGGGAGCAAUGUGGAUUUCAGAGGGCAAAGCUUUGAGCUCAUGCCUUUCGGUGGUGGAAGGCGAGUGUGCCCGGGGGUGGGUUUAGCAGCUGUGACUCUGGAGCUGGCGCUCGCCGAUUUGUUGUACUCGUUUGACUGGGAACUUGCGGAGGGAAUGGAGGAGGAGGAUGAUGUGGAUAUUGAGGCUAUGCCUGGACUUACCAUGCACAAGAAAAUCCCACUUUGCCUGAGACCCAAGAUCAAGAAUUAAGCUGAGAGAGA